ACUCUGACACACACACAAUCCUCUUCCAUUCCCCCUCUUGCUCACCCCCACACACAAACUCUGGAAGGUCUCUCUGUCUCCCUAAGCCAGGCUUCAGCAUUACACCACUGCUCUCUGGUCCAGCCAAAGUUGGAGUAUUUCUGGAAUGGGCAAUCCAUUCCAUGAGGAUAUAGCAUCCUAAAGCAUCCUCAGGUGCCUUUGAGGAAACUGGGGAGAGGAAGCCAGCCUUCAGUGGGGUGACCAGGGCUUGGCCGGAGGACAGCCUGGGCGCUGCUGAUUGGUGUGUCACAGCUGGGGCUACGAGCUGUUUCCAGUGCUUUUGUCUGGUGCUGGGAGUGAGGCUUGGCAGUGCGAGAGACGGUCAGAGCCGUUCGGGUGGGCAGCUGCGCCGUGUCCUGCUUUCCCUGCAGCCGGAUCAAGCUGCGGCCGCCACCGGGCAGGACAGAGAUGUUUUCUUGCUGACCUGAACGCAGCAGCCUGGGUUGAUUUUACAGGGAAGUGCUUUCUCUCUGAACGCAGUAACAGCAGUCCUGGUCCCCUGGACUGAGAAACACUAGUGGGGACUCAUCAGCCCAAGGAAGCCCCCAGCCCCUUUCUGAGACCUGGGAGCUGGGUGUGCCUGUGGCCUUAGUCCUGAUCCCAGGCAGGGGCUGGGUCCUCAGGCUGGCGCUGGGGGUGAGGUGUGGGAGAGCCCGCUGCUCCCCUGGGCUCUGCCGGACUGCUGGGCUGCCGGUGCUGGCUUCCCCAGGAUUGCUUCUCCUGCCACUGUCUGAUUUCCCCAUACCACGUCUGGGGCUCCGGGAGCCUGCGGCGGAGCUGCUAGUGGUCUCCCCCCAGCCCGCCUCCAGGAGCUGGGAGUACAGAGGGGCCCACCAUGGUGUUCCCGGGACCCCUGGCUGUCACCCUGCUGCCGCCCAGCCUCACACUGCUGGUGGUGCACCUCGCCAGCUCCCAGGAUGUCGCCAGUGAACCCAGCAGUGAGCAGCAGCUGUGCUCCCUGAGGGAACACCCCAUCGUGGCCUUUGCAGAUCUGAAGCCAUGGGUCUCUAACUUCACCUACCCUGGAGCCCAAGAUUUCUCCCAGCUCGCUCUGGAUCCUUCCAGAAACCAGCUCAUCGUGGGAGCCAGGAACUACCUCUUCAGACUCAGCCUUGCCAAUGUCUCCCUCCUUCAGGCCACAGAGUGGGCCUCCAACGAGGACACGCGCCGCUCCUGCCAAAGCAAAGGGAAGACCGAGGAGGAGUGUCAGAACUACGUGCGAGUCCUGAUUGUCACUGGCCGGAAAGUGUUCAUGUGUGGGACAAAUGCCUUUUCGCCAGUGUGCUCCAGCAGACAGGUGGGGAACCUCAGCCGGACCGUGGAGAAGAUCAACGGUGUGGCCCGCUGCCCCUACGACCCGCGCCACAACUCCACAGCCGUCAUCUCCUCCCAGGGGGAGCUCUACGCAGCCACGGUCAUCGACUUCUCAGGUCGGGACCCCGCCAUCUACCGCAGCCUGGGCAGCAGGCCACCGCUUCGUACCGCCCAGUAUAACUCCAAGUGGCUCAAUGAGCCAAACUUUGUAGCAGCCUAUGAUAUCGGGCUGUUCGCGUACUUCUUGCUGCGGGAGAAUGCGGUGGAGCAUGACUGUGGACGCACCGUGUACUCUCGGGUGGCCCGCGUGUGCAAGAAUGACAUGGGGGGCCGGUUCCUGCUGGAGGACACUUGGACCACGUUCAUGAAGGCCCGGCUCAACUGCUCCCGCCCGGGUGAGGUCCCCUUCUACUACAACGAGCUGCAGAGUGCCUUCCACCUGCCGGAGCAGGACCUCAUCUACGGGGUCUUCACCACUAAUGUAAACAGCAUUGCCGCAUCUGCUGUCUGCGCCUUCAACCUCAGUGCCAUCUCUCAGGCUUUCAAUGGCCCGUUUCGCUACCAGGAGAACCCCAGGGCUGCCUGGCUCCCCAUCACCAACCCCAUCCCCAAUUUCCAGUGCGGCACCCUGCCCGAGGUGGGCCCCAACGAGAACCUGACAGAGCGAAGCCUGCAGGACGCACAGCGCCUGUUCCUGAUGAGCGAGGCCGUGCAGCCGGUGACACCCGAGCCCUGUGUCACCCAGGACAGCGUGCGCUUCUCACACCUUGUGGUGGACCUUGUGCAGGCCAAGGAUACGCUCUACCACGUGCUCUACAUCGGCACGGAGUCCGGCACCAUCCUGAAGGCGCUGUCCACGACGAGCCGCAGCCUCCGCGGCUGCUACCUGGAGGAGCUGCACGUGCUGCCCCCCGGGCGCCGGGAGCCGCUGCGCAGCCUGCGCAUCCUGCACAGCGCCCGCGCACUCUUCGUGGGCUUGAGUGACGGCGUGCUGCGGGUGCCGCUGGAGAGGUGUGCCGCCUACCGCAGCCAGGGGGCAUGCCUGGGGGCACGGGACCCGUACUGCGGCUGGGACGGGAAGCAGCAACGUUGCAGCACGCUUGAGGACAGCUCCAACAUGAGCCUCUGGACCCAGAACAUCACAGCAUGUCCUGUGCGAAAUGUGACUCGGGAUGGGGGCUUCGGCCCAUGGUCACCAUGGCAACCGUGUGAGCACUUAGAUGGGGACAACUCAGGUUCUUGCCUGUGUCGGGCCCGGGCCUGUGACUCCCCCCGACCCCGCUGUGGGGGCUGUGACUGCCUGGGGCCAGCCAUCCACGUUGCCAACUGCUCCAGGAACGGGGCGUGGACACCGUGGUCAUCGUGGGCCCUAUGCAGCACCUCCUGUGGGAUUGGAUUCCAGGUCCGCCAGCGAAGUUGCAGCAACCCUGCUCCACGCCACGGGGGCCGCAUCUGCGUGGGCAAGAGCCGGGAGGAACGGUUCUGUAACGAAAACACGCCUUGCCCGGUGCCCAUCUUCUGGGCAUCCUGGGGCUCCUGGAGCAAGUGCAGCAGCCACUGUGGGAGCGGUGUGCAAUCGCGGCGUCGGGCCUGUGAGAACGGCAACUCCUGCCCAGGCUGCGGCGUGGAGUUCAAGACUUGCAACCAUGAAGGCUGCCCCGAAGUGCGGCGCAACACGCCGUGGACGCCCUGGCUACCGGUGAACGUGACCCAGGGCGGGGCGCGGCAGGAGCAGCGCUUCCGCUUCACGUGCCGCGCGCCGCUGGCCGACCCCCACGGGCUGCAGUUUGGCCGGAGGAGGACGGAGACCCGAACCUGCCCCGCGGACGGCUCUGGAGCCUGCGACACGGACGCCUUGGUGGAGGAGCUCCUGCGCAGCGGGGGCACCUCCCCGCACACGGUGAGCGGGGGCUGGGCCGCCUGGGGCCCGUGGACCUCCUGCUCCCGAGACUGUGAGCUGGGCUUCCGCGUCCGCAAGAGAACAUGCACAAACCCGGAGCCCCGCAACGGGGGCCUGCCGUGCGUGGGUGACGCUGCCGAGUACCAGGACUGCAACCCCCAAGCUUGUCCAGUGCGGGGUGCCUGGUCCUGCUGGACCUCUUGGUCCCCAUGCUCAGCCUCCUGCGGUGGCGGCCACUAUCAACGCACCCGUUCCUGCAGCAGCCCCGCCCCCUCUCCGGGCGAGGACAUCUGUCUCGGGCUGCACACGGAGGAGGCGCUGUGUGCCACACAGGCCUGCCCAGAAGGCUGGUCGCCAUGGUCUGAGUGGAGUGCGUGCACGGAGGAUGGAGUCCAAAGCCGUGGCCGGUACUGCGAGGAGCUGGUCCCCGGGCCCAGCACUUGUGCUGGAAACAGCAGCCAGAGCCGCCCCUGCCCCUCCAGGGAGAUGCCCGUGAUCCUGCCUGCCUCCAGUGUGGAUGAGGCCACUGGCUGUGGAGAGUUCAGUCUCCUCCACCUGGUGGCCACAGGCAUCUCUUGCUUCGUGGGCUCUGGGCUGCUGACCUUGGCGGUGUACCUGUACUGCCAGCACUGCCGGCACCAGUCCCAGGAGUCCACGCUCGUCCAUCCCGCCACCCCCAACCACCUGCAUUACAAGGGCGGGGGUGCCCCCAAGAAUGAGAAGUACACACCCAUGGAAUUCAAGACCCUGAAUAAGAAUAACCUGAUCCCCGAUGACAGAGCCAACUUCUACCCAUUGCAGCAGACCAAUGUGUACACGACCACCUACUACCCGAGUCCACUGAACAAACACAGCUUCCGGCCUGAGGCCUCACCUGGACAACGGUGCUUCCCCAACAGCUGAUACCACUAUCCUGGGGACUUGGGCUCCUUGCCUUCCUAAGGCACAGAGCAGGUGGAGGUGGGACGGUGGAGCCAGUUUGGUUUUCUCCCUCUGCACUAGGCCAAGAACUUGCUGCCUUGCCUUGUGGGGUCCCAUCUGGCUUCAAAGAGCUCUGGCUGGCGGUGACCAUGGGGGAGAGGGCUGGCUUCAGGCUGGCACACGGCUGCAGUUCCAGCUCAGCCCGGGUCUCUCAUGGCCUCCUUGGAACCCACCGUCAUGCUGAUCUCCCCUGCCAUGUCUGGGCUGUGGACCUACUAGGCGUGUGAGGGAAUUGGAGAGUGGAGAUGGCAGGAGGGCAGGCUUUUAGGUUUGGGUUGGAAAUGACAGCCCGUGUAGCUAUCAGGGGCCGAGUGUGCCCCUCUUUGGCUGGCCCCAGGAAGGGCCUGGGCUACAUCCUGAUUAUCUCUGAAAGAAACUAGUCAAAUGACCCCAGUAGUUCUGGAUUCUCUGCCCAGGGCUGGGUCAUUGUGGUGCUGCCCCAGUGUGACAUGGGGACCAAGGCUGGAGCAGGUUGUCCACGUUUGCCUAGCAGUCUGUGCUUUACCCAGCGACAUCCCUCUGGUCAGAGGCAGUGAGGACGGGGGGCUGGAGACUGAACUGUGCUGAGAAGUCCUUUAAUCUGGGCUGGCACAUUCCUCGGCCUUUCAAUCAGAGUGCAUGAAAGGUGACCCAGGAGGAAGGGAGGUGGGAGGCCAGUGGAGAUGGCUUUCCAGUUGCUGCUCAACAGAGCUGUUGGCUGAGACCCGCGUGGGAGUCUCUGCUGGGCCCUCAUCUGUUCAGGAACGCACACAUGUACACACACAAUCACAAUCUGCCGCAGCAACAAAAAGGAUGUUGGGCUGUGGCAUUAUUAAAGAUGAUAUCCAGUCUCCAAAUGUAACGUCGUCUUCGUGCAUAUGUGUGUGGGCUCCUCUUGGCCCGGUCUGGUCAAUUAGAGCAGUGCACUGGGGUGACAGAUGGUCUUCUCAGGGUGGGGGAGAUGACCCCAGUAGAGUUUGACUUUAAUAGAGGAUAACUUUCCAUUUGUGAGUAAAUCUCCACAUACACACGUUGCCCUAAACCCUUGUUGGAAAAGAGGGAUGAUCACAGAUUCACAAGUAGGGACACAAGUACACCAAAGGCAAUACAACGGGAGAUUUCUGCCCAUUGCCUUAGCAGCUCUAAUCGGCAGCACUUCCACAGUGGAAAUGUGUGAGUCCAGCAGGGGAGUAUUGAUGAAGAUUAUUUUAUGAGGUGCUUACAUUGCUGAGUUUAAUAAAACCAGAACUGACUGAGAAAUGAGUAAAUCUGUGAGGUGGGGGAAGCCCUCUGUAGUUUUGGCUGGAUUAAAUCAAAAUAGCCUCAAAGCCUCAGCCCACCACAUCCGUGCCACCAUUUUGGAUGAGAUUGAUGGACAUGUUAAGUUUAGAGAGGAAUUUCCUGACUUAAUUGGCUGGAUCAAUUACAGGAUUUGCAGCAAAAUCUAUUUGUAGGUCAGGCUGUAAAGUGUGAGAUCCCGGUGGUAGAGGAAGUAGAGGAUCUUGGGGAGGGGAGGAGGAGGAAGAAAGGAGCACUCCUGGACCUCGUGUCUUGGACUCCCUUGUGCUUACUGGCUCAACUGCAAUAGCCGUGUCCUCAGUCCAAGGUGGAGCCCAGUCAGUGAGAGCUCAGGGGACAUAAUGAGUAUUUCUGCAGUUUGGGGAUUCCUCACUGAGUUUCUAUUCACCCCAUGAAUCCAGAGCCUGUAGGGGCCUGUGUUAGAUCUUGGGGUUUUGGAUUCCCUUGAACCUGGUAGAGCCAAUGAAGUUCAAGAGUGUUCUAGGGCCCAGGGUGCCUGCUUCACAGGGGCCACUCAUAUAUGUCAGGCACUGGUCAGGUCUGUAGCAAGCAGUCAUGAAGAAUUCCCGGGUCAUGCCCAGCCACUUUUGACUGGAAUGGCAUCAGUGGAGUGGAAACCCAUGUGUGUCAUGGCAAAACACACACCGCGUGUGUGUGCAUGCACACACACACCAUCUGUUACAUAAAAGUAUCAGUCCUUCACAUGAAUUAAUCAUAAUUUAUUUAAACCACUAUGAUUUGUUUCAAAUUUUUCUUUACCAAAGAACGCUAUUAUGGACCUUCUUAUCCGUAUCUCUAUGUCCUUAGGGUAAAUUCCCAGAAGCGAUUGCCCUUAACCUCUGUGGCCAAAUCUCUUGCCGAUGGGAGUACACAGCCACCAGCAGCACAUUCUCAUUGCAUUAUUUCUAAUGCUAGUAGCUAACUCUGAUAAGUGCUGUCACCUCCAAGCACCAUACCAAGUGCUGAUCAUUUCUCUUAUUCAGUUCUCACAACAAUCCUGAGAGGAAAGUACUAUUGCCAUGCCCACUUUACAGAUGAGGAAACUGAGGUUUAAUAAAUUUAAAUAACUUGCCUAAAGUCACACAGCUAGUCAGUGACGGUUCAACCCAGGCAGUCCAACUGCUUGUUAUCAACUUGAUAAUUUUUUAAAGCGUAAUUGUUUAAGUUUUUAAAAUAUUUACUGAGUGACCAUUUCCCUCCAUUUACAUAUUGGCCAUUUGCAUUUCUUAUUUUUAAGAAGGAUAUUUUGUACCUUUUC